CAACUACGUUAUUCUCGCACACCAUAUUCCUCCUUCUGUUUCUCGGAAAAUACCCUAGAUCUACCAUGACGACAAUUCUGGUGGAAAGCGCGGAUUUCCAUACCUCCGGUGGAUGGACUCUGGAUUCUCAAUUCGUGCUUGAGAUGGGAUUCCCGUACCUUCUAGCACAUGGAAACGGCACUCCAGUCUUAGACGCCACAACCGUCGUCUCCAUACCGGUCAGCGGCCAAUAUAACAUUUGGGUGCGCACAAAAGAUUGGGUCCCAGGGUACCAACCUGGACGUUUUGAGCUCAUUGUCAAUGAAGAAACACUAAAGAUAGUCUUUGGGACCAGCAACUCCGACUGGUCGUGGCAGAAUGGCGGCGAUGUCUUUCUAAAUCAGGGUAUGGCGGAGCUCAAAUUGCACGACUUGACAGGAUUCGCGGGGCGGUGUGAGGCGAUUUACCUCACUAUGGGACACGAAACCCCGUUGAAUGGGUUUGAUAGAGCAGCCAGAGCUUGGAGGCGGCAACUCCGUGGAUUGCCUGAUGAUCCCGUCAAUGCUGGCCAAUACAGCGUUGUUGUCCUGGGUGGAGGCCUCGUGGGGACGGCAGCUGCUCUUGUCGCAGCGAGACUUGGAGAGCGUGUAGCUCUGAUCCAUAAUCGUCCUUACUUGGGUGGCAAUGCUAGUGUUGAGAUUGGCUUACGGCCUCGUGGAGUCACGGGGCCAUUGGUGGAUGAGAUUGCGGAUCGGCACCCCGAUGGCGAUCUACGUGCGAAACAGCUGCUUAAUGCCGAACUAGGGGCUGAACUUUUUCUUGAGCAUACCGCAUUUAACGCUACACUGGGGGAAGAUUCCUGCAUCAAGUAUGUUGAUGCUCGGGAUGCUCGUAGUGGGAGGGAGCUCCGGUUUGCUGCACCAAUCUUCAUCGAUUGUUCAGGCAGAGCUUUGCUUGGACACUUUGCAGGUGCUGAAACACUCUAUGGCCAAGAGUCACGGUUCGAUUAUGGCGAAGAGCUUGCCCCGCUGCAACACGAAGAGACACACCAUGGGAAUACGCUGUUCUUUCGUACCAGAAUGACCAAUGAUAUGGUCUCAUUUCCUCAUGUACCAUGGGCUGCAGAAGUGGCCAAAGACUUUUCAGAUCUGAACGGCCAGCUCGUAAGGACUGGAGUGGAGAAUGGAGUAGGUCCAACGGUGAACCCUCCUGACAUGACAGUUCGUCGUCGCAUGAGAGGUCCACUCACGCACUUUUGGGAGUACGGACAACACCUCGAUCCUUAUGUCAACGGUGAGCACAUCCGUGAUCAUCUCCUUCGCGCCAUCUACGGUACAUUUUCGAAUGUAAAGACCAUGAAGCCAGAGGAAUUUGCAGGGUUACGUCUAGAUUGGGUGGCGUAUGUCGCGGCCCAGGGCGAAUUCCGACGAUAUAGGGGCGACCACGUUCUUACCGAACUGGACAUCCGACGUCAUACCUCGUUCCCCGAUGCAGUCGUCAAGAAUGGGGGCGCUUUCUACUGGAAAUGGGACGAACGUGAUGGACAUGAUUAUGACGUGCCAUUUCGUUGCUUGUAUUCUAGGAACCUACGAAAUCUCAUGAUGGCUGGGAAACAUAUCAGUGUCACCCAUAUCGCGGGAUCAAACACAAAGUUUAUGGGAAAUGGUGCGCAACACGGUAUUGCGACAGCUGUAGCAGCAUGGCUGUGUAACAGGCAUACUCUGUUGCCCGACCAGCUACAAAGCCAGUGCAUGGGAGAGUUGCAAAGGGUGACGCAAGCUAUCGCAGACACCAAUCAAUAUCCUUCCGGAGUUGGUCACCGAGAUCUUCUCAAGGCGAGGAUUUGA